ACGACAAAUGUAACAAUGAGAGUUUCUCUUUGUUUACUUUCUCUUUCGAUUAUUACGGUACUGUUAGCAAUCCUUCACUCCAAUUAUUUGCCGAUAAUAAUAACUAAAGCUAUCAUCUUUGAAUCUGCACUGAAGAGAUUGCCGAAAAAAGCAGGAAUGUUUCGCAAUAAUGGAAAGAGAAAGUGAUGAGCGUCCGGCAGGUUCAAAAACCGCUUGGUCGCGCUAUGCCAAACAUGAGUACGAUCCUAUUCGCGUGGGUUCAAUCGACGGAACCGACGAAUUUCCGCAUGAUCGAGCACUUAUUCGUGCGAUGGAAUCCAACUACAAACCGAACGAAAAGGUAGUCGGAGAUCCAUAUCAUACGAUAUUUGUCGGCCGGUUGGACUAUGCGGUAAGCGAAGAAAAGAUACGUGAACUGUUCGAACGUUUCGGAUUGAUUAUACGCUGUCGACUAGUUCGAGAUAUCGAGACAGGAUUAUCGCGAGGUUACGCUUUCGUGGAGUAUAAAAGAAGACGACAUGCUAAACGUGCGAUUGAGGAAAUGCACGGUAGGGUUGUCAACGGAAAGGAGAUUCUAGUGGAUGAGGAAUGGGAGAGAAGACUGAAAAAUUGGAAACCUCGGCGUUUAGGGGGAGGCUUUGGCGGAAUGAAAAAAAGUCAGCAGCUUAGAUUUGGCUGCAAGGAUCGGCCUUGGAAAGAACCGAUGAGUAUGCAGAAAUAUUCGAAUAAAAGUGAAUUCUUUCGACAAACUAAACAACAAAGAGAACUGCUGAAAUCAUUUAAACAUUCUUAGCAUAAUUUAAUUUCAAUACCUAUUAAAAUACAACAUAAACCUAUAAGUGA